GAAAGAGAGUGAUUUUUUCGAUCGCCGAGAGAUGAAAGGUCAGUGCUUUGUCGUCUUCUACCGUCUCCGGACCAAAGAGCUCAAGUCACGCAGCUAACAAAGUACAGAUUUUUCCCUUGUUUCGAUUGCAAAAGCGCAUAAGCUUCGUACUUGCCAAAUCUGAAGUCAAACCAAAUACACUGGUCAAACAAAAAGUCGACGAGCCCCAGAUUCCGAUAGCAAAACCAGUCGGACCCAGGAUUUCGAUGAGCCACACUGGUUAGCUUCCGACCCAAUUCACGUCCUAGGUCACCGAGAACGUGACUUCUUUGCAUGUUUUGGUUUUGUUGAGUCGGAUGAGUUUUAUUUUUGGCUUCUCUCUCGACCAGUAGCAGAAAGCUAUGGAAGGUGCUGCUGUGGCGGAAGGGCUGUGGGGAUUAGCGGAUCACCACCAGAAGCUUGGUGAGAUCGGAAAAACCAUAAAGUGCUUGGAAGCCAUCUGCCAGAGUCAAAUCUCUUUCCUUCCUCUUGUUGAAGUCAAGUCUCGCCUCCGUUUGGCUGCUCUUUUACUCCGUUACUCUCACAAUGUCAACCAUGCCAAGUCCCAUCUCGAGCGCUCUCUUCUUCUCCUUAAGUCUAUUCCUUCCUCCUACGAUCUCAAAUUUCAGAAUUAUAGCUUGCUCAGCCACUGUUAUCACCUCCUUGCUUCAUUCCCUCCUCAACGCAACCUUCUUGUCAAGGCUCUCGAACUCGCAUCUUCUGUCCCUCAGGAUAUUUCUGCGUACCUCUGGUCUUGCAAUUUCAACUCUCAACUCGCUAACACGUUCAUUAUCCAAGCCGAUUUUCCUUCUUCUCUCUCCGCUCUCGAGUCUGGUUUUCUCUCUGCUUCACACAUAUGUUUUCCUGAGCUCCAGAUGUUCUUCACAGCUUCAAUGCUUCACGUUCAUAUCAUGCAAUGGACUGAUGAUUAUUCAGUGGAAAAAGCUGUCCAGCGAUGCGAUGAGAUCUGGCAGACCAUUUCUUCAGACAAGACUGAUCGCUGCCCCGGUUUGUUCUUCUACAAUGAGAUGUUGCAUGUUUUCUAUCGCCUCAGGCUCUGCGAUUAUAAGAACGCUCAGCAUCAUGUCGACCGCUUGGACCAGGCAAUGAAUGCUCAUUCGCAUAAAAUGCAGGAGAUUCAGCAACUUCUGGAUGAGCUCAGUUCGUUAAAUCUUAGUCUCUCCCGUUACGACCUUCCCUCCAGAGAAAGAUCGGCCCUCUCAGCAAGACAAUCUCAGCUUCAAGAUCGUGUAAACGCAUUAUCUCCAUCUUCUAGCACUGUUAACUCUCUGGAGCCCGCAUACUUUGGCAACAUAGAUCGUGGAUGGACAGAGAAGCUACUGCUUUCACCAUCUCCAAUUGAUGGAGAAUGGCUACCAAAAAGUGCCAUCGAUGCUUUGGUCCAUCUUAUGGUUGUCAUAUCGGGACGUCCAAAGGGACUCUUUAAAGAGUGUUCAAAACGUAUCGAGUCUGGACUGCAGAUCAUUCAAGAUGAACUGAUCAAGCUUGGAAUUACUGACGAAGUUAGAGAGGCUGAUUUGCGGCACACAGCUAUCUGGAUGUCUAGGGUUUUUCUUAUGCUACAGAUGCAGUUUCUUGAGAAUAGAGUGGCUUUGGAACUUACAAGGUCUGAUUAUGUCGAAGCUGAAGAGGCUUUGGUUGAUAUGAAAAAUUGGUUUACACGAUUUCCAACGAUUUUACAAGCUUCUGAGUGUAUGAUUGAGAUGCUCAGGGGGCAAUAUUCUCAUUCUGUUGGUUGCUACAGCGAAGCUGCUUUCCAUUGUAUUGAAGCGACCAAGUUGACAGAGAGUAUUUCAAUGCAAGCUUCGUGUCAAGCUUUUGCAGCUGUUUCUUACCUUACUAUUGGAGAUGCUGAAUCAUCAUCUAAGGCACUUGAUUUAAUUGGACCACUCAAUGGAAUGACGAAUUCACUAUCUGGUGUUCGAGAGGAAGCUAGUAUUCUCUUUGCUUACGGUCUUCUCUUGAUGAAGCAACGAGAUCUACAGGAAGCAAGAAACCGUCUUGCCAAGGGUUUGCAGAUCGCUCAUAAUCAUAUGGGUAACCUGCAGCUAGUUGCACAGUAUUUGACACUCCUGGGAAAUUUAGCUCUUUCCUUGCACGACACCGUACAAGCCAGGGAGAUCCUGCGUUCCUCUCUUACACUUGCAAAGAAACUUUAUGAUAUCCCAACUCAGCUAUGGGUUCUAUCCAUCUUCACAGCUCUGUAUCAGCAGUUGGGUGAGAAAGGCAACGAGAUGGAGAACGAAGAAUUCCGGAAGAAGAAAUGGGAUGAGUUGCAGAGUAGACUUGCUGAAGCGCGAGGAUCAAUUCAUCACAUUGAACUGGUUGCGAAAGCUAGGAUAGAAUUGUAUCAGAUCGACAACAAUCCACAAGAACAGUCACUAGUAGCAUCUGCGCAAUCAAUGCAAGGGAAUCUGGAUAUUCCAGAGUCUGUUGGUAUAGAAGGUCCAUCACCUGCUCCAUCAUCUUCAAGGCUCGUUGGUUUAGACACCGGAAAAAGAUGGGGAAAACGAAGGAUGUAACUUUUAAAGACAGAGAGUACCUACGAUUUUUGUAUUAAGUGUGAGUUGUGUAGAUGUGUUGAUUAAAAUGUAACUGUUGUAGUUGUAGGACCUUCUAAGUUAGUCAGUGGUUAAAUUGUAUAAUAUAUAUGGAACAUUACUACGCAGCAGCUAAAUGCUUUUUAUUUAGCGCAAGGACAACACCGUUUUCUUUGUCUUUACUAGCUUCCUCACUCUGGUGUGGUCUACAAGUGUGACUUAGCCAACGGAUAUAGUACAGUGCCAAAGCUGCAACUACCAUUAGCAGAAUAGAGA